CUCGUGUGAUGGGACUUGUGGCGUUGGGAUAUUCUGUAAGACAGGGGGCUAGGAGCCUGCAGUAAACAGUUUCGCAGGAGGUGUAAGUAGCGAUCCUGUAUUGCGGGCUGUGUUUGGGCAAUCGGUACUGUUGGGCAGUAUGAAAGGAUGUUGAAGUUACACCCAAUAACGCAAUGGUGGAAUACUGGAAAAGAAACUUCUUUAUGGUUUUGGUGCUGCAGGCAUUUUAUUUGGCUAACUGUUUAACAGAUGAAGAGAUUCCUGAAGAAUGGUUGCUCCUCCAUGUUCUUCAAGGGCAAAUAGGUGCUGGGAAUUACAGUUAUCUGAGAUUAAACCAUGAAGGGACUAUAAUACUGCAGGUGCAGAGCCUAAAAGGUGAUGCUGAUAUAUAUGUUUCUUCUUUAACCCUUAACCCAACAUUUGAUGAUUAUGAGCUACAAUCAACAACCUGUGGUUUGGAUAAGAUCACCAUUGCACAUCACUUGUCCCGGCCUGUGGGCAUAGGAAUUUAUGGCCAUCCAUCUCACAUGGAAAGUGAAUUUGAGUUAAAGGUCUACUAUGACCGAACGGUGCGAGAGGACCCUUUUGCCGAUGCAUCUUAUGACCCAGAGGUGCUGGAGGCAAAGCAAAGACAACAACAGCAACAAACAUCUCUGGAUUCAUCUCAGGAGGAAGAAUCAGUUCUACGGACUAUAUUAAUAGGGGUUUUAAAAAUAGUUCUUGAGCUUCUUUUCUAAGCUUUAUUAAACUUGAGCUGGAAUUCGGUACAUUUGGAAAAUUUAUUCAGCAAAAUAACUGGAAUUUUCUAUCAAUAAACAUAAAAGGUUAAGGAUUUAUACACAAAAUGGAUAAUCCUAUUAUUACAAAUUCAGCUAUAAAGUGAUAUUGCCACUUAACUGCACCUGGCAGUGAAAUCUUUUUAAUGGCCCCCACCAUUGCCUAAACUGACUGGGGACCUUCACCAGACCUUUAUUUGUCUGGUUGUGUUUGUCCCUUGUUAUGCCCCUCCAGUGGUAAACAGCUGAGUUUACCUUUAUGCAAACACUAUACAGGGCUUCUCCAAUCUUAUACUAUAUGAAUCCUAGUGUUUUACCUUACUUAGUAUUUAUUUUACAACCCAUACAGAUAUGGCAAUGUUUCUUGCCAGUCCUUACCAUCUUCAGCAUCAGCAACUACAGCUCAUUUUAGAGGUGUGUCUAAUAUGGCACUUAACAUUGUAUUUUAGACUGCUACCAAUGCCACAUGAAAGUUAACAGUCUUGAAAUGUACAAUUAGAAUAAUUGGGUUAUUCUAUAAUUUGCUUAUACUUCUAAUCACAGUGGGAUGUGACUGCAGUAUUUCUGAAAAAUAAAAUUAUGCCCAAAAAGAUAGGGCAUGUAACUAAGGAAUCCUUUUUCAUUUGCUUACAAAAGAAUCACAGAUUAUGAGAGUUCUAUUUUUGUAACAGAUCUGUAACCUUUAAUAUUCUGUUUAAAAGAUUUAUUUUUAAUUCAGUUAUGUAUUUUGCAUAAUGAAGAAAACCAACUGGAAGUUGUUGGUUUGAAACCAGUUUUGUACUAACUUCAUAUUGGGAAUAAACCGUAUUUGCUGUGGUUUCUACAUAAAGUAUUGAAAUGAUGUGGGGGGAAAUAAUUCUGUUGUGGUUUCCUAAGUAAAUCUCAGUUGGCUUUGAGCUUUUUCUUAA